AUGUCAACCACACCUCCAACUUACCGCUUACGCCAGAUCCCAGCAUAUGUGGAGCGGUUCAGCCUCGUACCUUUCUUGCGCCAGACCUCAGCCAGUUUCGACCUCGUCGGCGAGAUCACAGUCUACUCACUUGCCCCGUCAGUCGGUGACUGGACCCGUCCGCCUUCUCAGACCGCCACAAUCUCUUUCCAUGCCAACCCUGAGCUUCUGUGGGGCCAAGGUAAUGCGUGGUAUUUUCAACUUUCUGACCAGCAACGGCCGCUGGAGAUGGACAGCCACUUUCUCGACUUCACAGUCCUCAACUCUGUCUCCGAGGCCGACCAUGUUGUGGACUGUAUCGCUAUCUCUGGACUGGCUAGUCAUCCCUUUGGCUCUUGGAGGUAUCGUCAGCCCAGGGCUGGCGCGCAAGGCGCAUCCCUCAAUUUCAUGUGGUUACGUGAUAGCCUGCCUUGGGACGUCAAAGGCAUACGAGUACUCAUUUAUGGUUACGAUUCAAGGCUCACCCACAGUCACUCGUUUCAGACCAUUGAUGAUAUUGCCCGAGGCUUUGUGCCGAUGCUUCGGACCAUAGCUCCAGCAGAUCAGCUGAAGCCCAUAAUCAUUCUAGCCCACAGCUUAGGAGGUAUUGUGGUAAAGAGUGCGCUGUUGCGUCUCGCCGAAAUGCCUGAAAAGGAGCAUAUCCUACUUCGAAACAUCAGAUCAAUUAUGUUCUUUGGCGUGCCAAGCAAAGGAAUGCACGUUGGUCACUUUCUGUCCAUGGUGGAAGGGCAGUACAACCAGCAGCUAGUGAAAAUGUUGGCUAGGGGCUCAAUGUAUCUAUCGGAUCUUGACGCUAAGUUAUCGCAAGUUCCAUGUUAUCGGCUCAUGAGACUCGUCUCUGCGCACGAAACAGAGACUUCACCAACAACUGUGGUGGACGCGAACGGCAAGUGGACAAGGGAUGGUAGUCACGAAAUCCUCGUAUCCCCUGAAUCAGCGACACAGCCUGGAUGUGAGCCUACGGAUGUCUUUCCGAUCAACAAAGACCACUCGAACAUGGUCAAAUUUGCGCCAGGAGAUGCGGACUAUGCACGGACACUCGCCUAUCUUCGGUGGUUGGUGAACGAUACAGCAUCGCAAGCUCGGGAUAUCUACUAUGGCGAUCGACAAACCGCAAAUGACCAAGAUAUAUUUGACGCGAGUGGAGCUGUUUAUGAUUGGGACGCAGAACUCCAAGCGGUGGCCUCUGACCCAUGGCCUCUUGGUUCCUGGGCUCAGCAGCCAUCCCCAGUCCACGAAGCAGCGCGCCCAGACGACCAGACACGCCCACAUGAAGAUCACAAUGCCGACCACGCCAUACUCGACGCGGCCGAAGAAGUUCCCGAGCAUUCAAAAGGUCGCAAUGUCGACCACGCCAUACUCGACACUCCUGAAGAAAGCCCCCAGCAUUCGGAGGCUGUCGCGUCGUCCUUUGCUGGCAACGACAAGAUGGAAUGCCCAUACUGUGCCAUCAAGUUCACUCACCGUGAUCUGAAGAGACAUCUACUGACGCACAACCAAGAAAAUCCAUACGUCGCCACACGAGCAGCCAUUCCGGGCAGAGAGACCACAUCUGUGACAGAUGCGGCGCGGAGUUUGAGGCAGCCGACGCACUCACCCGCCAUAAGCGACAGCCGUACAGAUGUGCCAUACGGAGAGCCAAAUAGUAUAAACAGUUUGAGUAACGACGAUGUGUUGGAAGCCGGUGGUGUUCCUACGGAAUGA